CGCUCGCGACAAAGAAUUCAAACACAAUUAAACAGACCAAAACAAUUGUUUUGGCAUUCAUACUCAUCUUCUCUGCCUUUAUCUCGACCUUUGCGGUCGUUUUCAUACCCUUGUUGCCUUUUUUGGCCUAGAUCUCGUCGUUGUGGAUCUGCCGCAUCCAAUUACGAAACACUACGGAGCACUACGACCCAUUACGGGCCGAUCCAAGAAAAGCAUGUCUUCCCUGCCUGAGCACCCCAAGCCCUUCCCUCGUGGUGGCGCUGAGGAGAUCCCUGGCUACCCUUCUGCUAGGGCUCGCUAUGUUCCUGCCACUAUUUUUGGUGUCGAGACGAGCUCUUUUGACUACAAUGCGCCUCAGCCGGCUGAGAACCCGGACCUGACGGUUUGGGUGCUCAUGCAUGCCAUCAAUGGCUGCUCGAGCAAGGUCAUUAAGAUUCUCAGCGAGCGUCGCCCUGUCCGCCAGCUGGAGCUGCGCACCAAGAUCGACAGCCGGUCGCUCAAGCCUGUUCCUUACAACAUCAAUCUGAGAAACAGCCAGAACUGUGAUGCCAUGAUCAGGCACUUGUAUGGCGAAGAGCUGGAGGAGGAAGACCAGUGCGCCAAGUGCAAGGACUCCAAGGGAGCCCUGAUCGGCUGCGUUGUCUGCCCCGACAUUGCCGCCAACUGCGCCAACUGUGAUUGGAACCGCUCGGGAGGGCAAUGCUCCCUGGGCGGCGCCGCCAGUGCGAGGCGCCGUGCCAAGCGCAGACCCGCUCCCGAGUCGGAGAGCGAGGACCAAGAUGAAGAGGACACCAACAACCUCUGGGAGGUCUUCAACGACAUGGACCCUGCCACCCUGACCAGACUCUCGGUUGUCCUGUCCGAGGCUGCCAAGCGCACUGGUCACAGCCGUCGCUAAUUGGCCUUCUGAGUCUUGUGGGUGAAGGUAGCCCACUGAGACACAACAGUACAGAGUAGUUCGCAUGUACGUGUACGGUGUGGACAGUUUCAGCAUCCCCGUACAAGGAAUUGUUUCAUGAUUUAUGUCUUUUAUUUCCUUUGUCAAUGUCAAUGUCAAUUAUGCUGGGAAACGUUUGACGAGAUGGAUUCACGCAGGGAUGUCCCACCGUGUCCCACUGGAGAUUGUCAAUGUUUGGACGCGACCGGGGACCCCCUGGCCAUUUCAUAAAUGCGUUUAUUCCCGAUCCACACUCAUUGUCUCUCUGCUUUCCCGUACCUCGCUUGGGGAGGAUGCGCUCGAAGGAUUCGCUUGCUUGCGCGGCUGCGAUCAGGCAAUUUGUUCACUUCCUCCAUCAUUUCCCG